GUGACGCUUGGCGCGCAUGGGCAGCCUGUGCUCCGCCGCCGCUCUGCCUUACUUCUUUCACUGAGACGGACGCUGCGCGGCCACGCCGGCUUUGAACCGGAAGCGCGAACAGACAGUAAUGUGUAUUCUGAAAUUCUGAACCAUGAGUCUGGCACUUAAUGAUCUGCUUAUUUGCUGCCGUCAACUAGAACAUGAUAGAGCUACAGAACGAAAGAAGGAAGUUGAGAAAUUUAAGCAACUGAUUCGAGAUCCUGAAACAGUUCUACAUUUAGAUCGGCAUUCAGAUUCCAGACAAGGAAAAUAUUUGAAUUGGGAUGCUGUUUUUAGAUUUUUACAGAAAUAUAUUCAGAAAGAAACAGAAUGUCUGAGAACAGCAAAACCAAAUGUAUCAGCCUCAGCACAAGCCUCCAGGCAGAAAAAGAUGCAAGAAAUCAGUAGUUUGGUCAAAUACUUCAUUAAAUGUGCAAAUAAAAGAGCACCCAGGCUAAAAUGUCAAGAACUCUUGAAUUAUAUCAUGGAUACAGUGAAAGAUUCAUCCAGUGGUGCCAUUUAUGGAGCUGAUUAUAGCAACAUACUACUUAAAGACAUUCUUUCAGUGAGAAAAUACUGGUGUGAAAUAUCUCAGCAACAAUGGCUAGAAUUGUUCUCUUUGUACUUCAGGCUAUAUUUCAAACCUUCGCAAGACAUUAAUAGAGUUUUAGUGGCUAGAAUAAUUCAUGCUGUCACCAAAGGAUGCUGUUCGCAAACAGAUGGAUUAAAUUCUAAAUUUUUGGAUUUUUUUUCUAAGGCUAUUCAAUAUGCAAGACAAGAAAAGAGCUUAGCAGGUCUAAAUCAUAUCUUAGCGGCCCUAAUUAUCUUCCUCAAGACUUUGGCUGUCAGCUGUCGAAUUCGAGUUUGUGAAUUAGGAGAUGAAAUUCUUCCUACCUUGCUUUAUAUUUGGACUCAACACAGGCUUAAUGAUUCUUUAAAAGAAGUAAUUAUCGAAUUAUUUCAACUGCAAAUUUAUAUCCAUCAUCCAAAAGGAGCCAAAACCCAAGAAAAAGGUGCUUAUGAAUCAACAAAAUGGCAAAGUGUCUUAUACAAUUUAUAUGAUCUGCUAGUGAAUGAGAUAAGUCAUAUAGGAAGUAGAGGAAAAUAUUCUUCAGGAUCUCGUAAUAUUGCUGUCAAGGACAGUUUGAUUGGAUUAAUGGCAGAUAUUUGUCACCAGGUUUUUAAUGAACGUAUCAGGUCUUUGGAGAUUUCUCAGUCAUAUACUACUACGCAAAGACAAUGUAAUGAUUACAGUGCACCUUGUAAAAGGAGGAAAAUAGAAAUAGGCUGGGAAGUAAUAAAAGACCAUCUUCAGAAGCCACAGAAUGAUUUUGAUCUUGUGCCUUGGCUACAGAUUACAACUCAAUUAAUAUCAAAGUAUCCUGCAAGUUUACCUAACUGUGAACUAUCACCAUUAUUGAUGAUACUGUAUCAGCUUCUACCUCAGCAGCAACGUGGGGAACGCACACCAUAUGUGUUACGAUGCCUUAUAGAAGUUGCAUUAUGUCAGAGCAAGAAAUCAAACCUAGAAAGCUCACAGAAAUCAGAUUUGUUAAAACUCUGGAUUAAAAUUUGGUCUAUUACCUUUCGUGGUAUAAGUUCUGAACAAAUACAAGCUGAAAACUUUGGUUUACUUGGAGCCAUAAUUCAAGGUAGUCUAGUUGAGGUUGACAGAGAAUUCUGGAAGUUAUUUACUGGGUCAGCCUGCAGACCUUCAUGUCCUGCAGUAUGCUGUUUGACUUUGGCACUGACCGUCUGUGUAGUUCCUGAAACGGUAAAAACAGGACCAGAGCAAAACAUAUGUGAAGUAAAUAGAAGUGUUUCUUUAAAGGAAUUGAUAAUGAAGUGGCUCUUAUUCUAUCAGUUAGAGGAUGACUUAGAAGAUAGUACAGAACUGCCUCCAAUUCUUCACAGUAAUUUUCCUCAUCUUGUACUGGAGAAAAUCCUUGUGAGUCUCAUUAUGAAAAACUGUAAAGCUGCAAUGAAUUUUUUCCGAAGUGUGCCAGAAUGUGAACACCACCAAAAAGACAAAGAAGAGCCUUCAUUCUCAGAAGUAGAAGAGCUAUUUCUUCAGACAACUUUUGACAAGAUGGAUUUUUUAACCAUUGAGAAAGAAUGUGCUAUAGAAAAACACCAAUCCGGUAUUGGCUUUUCUGUCCACCAAAAUCUCAAGGAAUCACUGGAUCGUUAUCUUCUGGGAUUAUCAGAACAGCUUCUAAGCAGUUACUCACCUGAGAUUACAGAUUCAGAAACCCUAGUCCGGUGUUCAAGUCUUUUGGUGGGUGUUCUUGGCUGUUACUGUUAUGUGGGCAUAAUAUCUGAAGAGGAAGCAUAUAAAUCAGAAUUAUUCCAGAAAGCCAAGUCUCUAAUGCAAUGUGCAGGAGAAAGUAUCACUCUCUUUAAAAAUAAGACAAAUGAGGAAUCUAGAAUUGGUUCACUGAGAAAUAUGAUGCAUCUAUGUACAAGUUGCUUGUGUAACUGUACCAAGCAGAAUCCAAAUAAGAUUGCAUCUGGCUUUUUCUUACGAUUGUUAACAUCAAAGUUAAUGAAUGACAUUGCAGAUAUUUGUAAAAAUUUGGCAUCUUUUAUCAAAAAGCCAUUUGACUAUGGAGAAGUAGAAUCAGUGGAAGAUGAUACUGACGGAAAUCUAAUGGAAGUGGAGGAUCAGUCGUCCAUGGAUCUGUUUAAUGAUUACCCUGCCAGUAGUGUUAGUGAUGGAAAUGAAUCUGGAGAGAGCCAAAGUGCUAUUGGUGCCAUGAAUCCUUUAGCUGAAGAAUAUCUAUCAAAGCAAGAUCUACUUGCUUUAGACAUGCUCAAGUUCUUGUGUAUGUGUGUAACUACUGCUCAGACCAAUAAUGUGUCAUUUAGAGCAGCUGAUAUUCGGAGGAAAUUGUUGAUGUUAAUUGAUUCUAGCACACUAGACCCUGCUAAAUCUCUCCAUCUGCACAUGUAUCUAGUGCUUUUAAAGGAGCUUCCUGGAGAAGAAUAUCCCUUGCCAAUGGAAGAUGUUGUUGAACUUCUGAAGCCACUAUCCAAUGUGUGUUCUUUGUACCGUCGUGACCAAGAUGUUUGUAAAACAAUUUUAAACCAUUUCCUCCGCAUAGUGACAAACCUAGGUCAAGGUAAUAUGGACUCUGACAAUACAAGGGAUGCUCAAGGACAGUUUCUUACAGUCAUUGGAGCAUUUUGGCAUCUCACAAAGGAGAAGAAAUGCACAUUCUCUGUAAGAAUGGCACUAGUAAAAUGCCUUAAAACUUUGCUUGAGGCUGAUCCUUACUCAAAAUGGGCUAUUCUUAAUGUGAUGGGAAAAGACUUUCCAGUAAAUGAAAUAUUUCCUCAAUUUCUUGCUGAUAAUCAUCACCAAGUUCGAAUGUUGGCUGCAGUGUCAAUCAAUAGAUUAUUCCAGGAUAUGAAACAAGGAGAUUCUUCCAGUUUAUUGAAAGCACUUCCUUUGAAGCUUCAGCAAGCAGCUUUUGAAAAUGCAUACUUGAAAGCUCAGGAGGGAAUGAGAGAAGUGUCCCACAGUGCUGAGAACCCUGAACUUCUGGAUGAGAUUUAUAAUAGAAGAUCUGUUUUAUUGAUGAUGAUAGCUGUGGUUUUAUACUGUAGCCCUAUCUGUGAAAAACAGGCUUUGUUUGCCCUGUGCAAAUCUGUGAAAGAUAAUGGAUUAGAACCUCACCUCGUGAAAAAGGUUUUAGAGAAAGUUUCUGAAACUUUUGGAUAUAGACAUUUAGAAGAUUUCAUGACUUCUCAUUUAGAUUAUCUGGUUUUGGAAUGGCUAAACCUUCAAGAUACUGGAUACACCUUAUCUUCUUUUCCUUUUAUUUUAUUAAACUACACAAAUAUUGAGGAUUUCUAUAGAUCUUCUUAUAAAGUUUUGAUUCCACAUCUGGUAAUUAGAAGUCAUUUUGAAGAGGUGAAGUCUAUUGCUAGUCAUAUUCAAGAGGACUGGAAAAGUCUUCUAACCAACUGCUUUCCAAAGAUUCUUGUAAAUAUUCUUCCUUAUUUUGCCUACGAGAGUACAGGAGACAGUGGGAUAGCACAGCAAAGAGACACUGCCACCAAAGUCUAUGAUAUCCUUAAAGGUGAAAACUUCUUGGGAAAACAGAUUGAUCAUUUAUUUAUUAGUAAUUUACCAGAGAUUGUGGUGGAAUUAUUGAUGACAUUACAUGAACCAACAAAUUCUGGUGCCAGCCAAAGCACUGACCUCUGUGACUUUUCGGGGGAUUUGGAUCCUGCUCCUAAUCCACCUCAUUUUCCAUCGCAUGUGAUUAAAGCAACAUUUGCCUAUAUCAGCAAUUGUCAUAAAACCAAGCUUAAAAGCAUUUUAGAAAUUCUUUCUAAGAAUCCUGAUUCCUAUCAGAAAAUUCUUCUAGCAAUAUGUGAGCAAGCAGCUGAGACAAAUAAUGUUUAUAAAAGGCACAGAAUUCUUAAGAUAUAUCACCUGUUUGUUAGUUUAUUACUGAAAGAUAUAAAAAGUGGCUUAGGAGGAGCUUGGGCCUUUGUUCUUCGAGAUGUUAUUUAUACUUUGAUUCACUAUAUCAACAAAAGGCCUUCUCAUUUCAUGGAUGUGUCGUUGCGUAGCUUCUCCCUUUGUUGUGACCUAUUAAGUCGAGUUUGCCAGACAGCAGUGACUUACUGUAAGGAUGCUUUAGAAAACCAUCUUCACGUUAUUGUUGGUACACUUAUACCCCUUGUGGAUGAUCAGGUGGAAGUUCACAAGCAGGUGUUGGACUUACUGAAAUACUUAGUAAUAGAUAACAAAGAUAAUGAAAACCUCUAUGUCACGAUUAAACUUUUAGAUCCUUUUCCUGACCAUGUUGUUUUUAAGGAUUUACGUAUUGCUCAGCAGAAAAUCAAAUACAGUAGAGGACCCUUUUCACUCUUGGAGGAAAUUAACCAUUUUCUCUCAGUAAGUGUUUAUGAUGCACUUCCAUUGACAAGGCUUGAAGGAUUGAAGGAUCUUCGAAGACAACUGGAACAACAUAAAGAUCAGAUGAUGGAUCUUGUGAGAGCAUCUCAGGAUAACCCACAAGAUAGCGUUAUGGCAAAGCUAGUUGUCAACUUGUUGCAGUUAUCCAAGAUGGCAGUAAACCACACUGGUGAAAGAGAAGUUUUAGAGGCUGUUGGAAGCUGCUUGGGAGAAGUGGGUCCUAUAGAUUUCUCUACCAUAGCUAUACAACAUAAUAAAGACACAUCUUAUACCAAGGCUCUUGAGUUAUUUGAAGAUAAAGAACUUCAGUGGACCCUCAUAAUGCUGACCUACCUGAAUAAUACACUGGUAGAAGAUUGCGUCAAAGUUCGAUCAGCUGCUGUUACCUGUUUGAAAAACAUUUUAGCCACGAAGACUGGACAUAGUUUCUGGGAGAUUUAUAAGAUGACAACUGAUCCUAUGCUGGCCUAUCUACAGCCUUUUAGAACAUCGAGAAAAAAGUUUUUAGAAGUACCCAGACUUGAUAAAGAAAGCCCUUUAGAAGGCCUAGAUGAUACAAGUCUGUGGAUUCCUCAAAGUGAAAAUCACGAUGUUUGGGUAAAGACACUGACUUGUGCUUUUUUGGACAGUGGAAGCACUAAAAGUGAAAUUCUUCAAUUAUUAAAGCCAUUAUGUGAAGUGAAAACUGACUUUUGUCAGAUUGUGCUUCCAUACUUGAUUCAUGAUAUUUUACUCCAAGAUAGAAAUGAAUCAUGGAGAAAUCUGCUUUCUACACAUGUUCAGGGAUUUUUUACCAGCUGUUUUAGACAAUUCUCACAAGCAAGCCGAUCCACAACCCCUGCAAAUUUGGAUUCAGAGUCAGAGCACUUUUCCCGAUGCUGUUUGGAUAAAAGAUCACAAAGAACAAUGCUUGCUGUUGUGGACUACAUGAGAAGACAAAAGAGACCUUUUUCAGGAACAGUUUUUGAUGAUGCUUUCUGGCUGGAUCUGAAUUACCUAGAGGUUGCCAAGGUAGCUCAGUCUUGUGCUGCUCACUUUACAGCAUUGCUUUAUGCAGAAAUUUAUGCAGAUAAGAAAAGCAUGGAUGAUCAAGAGAAAAGAAGUCUUACAUUUGAAGAAGGAAGCCAAAGUACAACUAUUUCUAGUUUGAGUGAAAAAAGUAAAGAAGAAACUGGAAUAAGUUUACAGGAUCUUCUCUUAGAAAUCUACAGAAGUAUAGGAGAGCCAGAUAGUCUAUAUGGCUGUGGCGGAGGGAAGAUGUUACAACCCCUUACUAGACUACGAACAUAUGAACAUGAAGCUAUGUGGGGGAAAGCCCUAGUAACAUAUGACCUUGAGACAACAAUCUCCUCAUCAAUUCGACAAGCAGGAAUAAUUCAGGCUUUGCAGAAUUUGGGACUCUGCCAUAUUCUUUCUGUCUAUUUAAAAGGAUUAGAUCAUGAAAAUAAAGAAUGCUGUGCUGAACUACAGGAACUUUAUUACCAAGCAGCAUGGAGGAAUAUGCAGUGGGAUCACUGCAGUUCUGUCAACAAAGAAAUAGAAGGAACCAGUUACCACGAAUCAUUGUUUAAUGCUCUGCAGUCUCUAAGAGACAAAGAAUUCUCCACAUUUUAUGAAAGUCUCAAAUAUGCCAGAGUAAAAGAAGUGGAAGAGUUGUGUAAGGGUAGCCUCGAGUCUGUGUAUUCACUCUACCCCACACUUAGCAGAUUGCAGGCCAUCGGAGAGCUGGAGAACAUUGGGGAGCUUUUCUCAAGAUCAGUCACAGAUAGACAACUCUCUGAAGUAUAUAUGAAGUGGCGGAAACACUCCCAGCUUCUCAAGGAUAGUGAUUUUAAUUUUCAGGAGCCUAUCAUGGCUCUACGCACAGUCAUUUUGGAGAUUCUGAUGGAAAAGGAAAUGGAGAAUCCCCAAAGAGAAUGUUUUAAGGACAUUCUCACCAAGCACCUUGUAGAACUCUCUAUACUUGCUCGAACUUUCAAGAAUACCCAGCUCCCUGAAAGGGCAAUAUUUCAAAUUAAACAAUAUAAUUCACCUAGUUGUGGAGUCUCUGAGUGGCAACUGGAGGAAGCACAAGUGUUCUGGGCAAAAAAGGAGCAGAGUCUUGCCCUGAAUAUUCUCAAGCAAAUGAUCAAGAAGUUGGAUGCCAGUUGUACAGAGAAUGAUCCCAGCCUAAAACUUAUAUACACAGAAUGUCUGAGGGUUUGUGGCAACUGGUUAGCAGAAACUUGCUUAGAAAAUCCAGCAGUCAUCAUGCAGACCUAUCUAGAAAAGGCAGUGGAAGUUGCUGGACAUUAUGAUGGAGAAAGCAAUGAUGAGCUCAGAAAUGGAAAAAUGAAGGCAUUUUUGUCAUUAGCACGGUUCUCAGAUACUCAGUACCAGAGAAUUGAAAACUACAUGAAAUCAUCUGAAUUCGAAAACAAGCAAGCUCUCCUUAGAAGGGCCAAAGAGGAAGUGGGCCUCCUUAGGGAACAUAAAAUUCAGACCAACAGAUAUACCGUAAAGGUUCAGCGAGAGCUGGAGCUAGAUGAAUGUGCACUCCAUGCACUGAAAGAGGAUCGUAAACGCUUCUUAUGUAAAGCAGUUGAAAAUUAUAUCAACUGCUUAUUAAGUGGAGAAGAACAUGAUAUGUGGGUAUUCCGACUUUGUUCUCUCUGGCUUGAAAAUUCUGGAGUUUCUGAAGUUAAUGGCAUGAUGAAGAGAGAUGGAGUGAAGAUCCCAUCAUAUAAAUAUUUGCCUCUUAUGUACCAACUGGCGGCUAGAAUGGGAACCAAGAUGAUGGGAGGCCUAGGGUUUCAUGAAGUCCUCAAUAAUCUCAUCUCUAGAAUUUCAGUGGAUCACCCCCAUCAUACUUUGUUUAUUAUACUGGCCUUAGCAAAUGCAAACAAAGAUGAAUUUUUGACCAAACCAGAGGCAGUAAGAAGGAGUAAAAUAACUAAAAAUGCACCUAAACAAAGCUCUCAGCUUGAUGAGGAUCGAAUGGAGGCUGCAAACAAAAUCAUCUGUACAAUCAGAAGUAGGAGACCUCAGAUGGUCAAAAGUAUUGAGGCACUUUGUGAUGCUUAUAUUAUAUUAGCAAACUUUGAUGCCACUCAGUGGAAGACUCAGAGAAAAGGCAUAAAUAUUCCAGCAGACCAGCCAAUUACUAAACUUAAGAAUUUACAAGAUGUUGUUGUACCUACUAUGGAAAUUAAGGUGGACCCCACUGGAGAAUAUGGAAAUCUGGUUACUAUACAGUCAUUUAAAGCAGAAUUUCGCUUAGCAGGGGGUUUAAAUUUACCAAAAAUAAUAGAUUGUGUAGGUUCUGAUGGCAAAGAAAGGAGACAGCUUGUCAAGGGCCGUGAUGACCUGAGACAAGAUGCUGUCAUGCAGCAGGUUUUCCAGAUGUGUAAUACAUUACUACAGAGGAACACUGAAACUAGGAAGAGGAAAUUGACUAUUUGCACAUAUAAGGUGGUUCCCCUGUCUCAGCGAAGUGGUGUUCUUGAGUGGUGCACGGGAACUGUCCCUAUUGGUGAAUUUCUUGUUAACAAUGAAGAUGGUGCUCAUAAAAGAUACAGGCCAAAGGAUUUCAGUGCCCAUCAAUGCCAGAAGAAAAUGAUGGAUGUGCAAAAGAAGUCUUUUGAAGAAAAAUAUGAAACCUUCAUGGAUAUUUGCCAAAAUUUUCAACCAGUUUUCCGUUACUUCUGCAUGGAAAAAUUCUUGGACCCAGCUGUUUGGUUUGAGAAACGAUUGGCUUACACUCGCAGUGUGGCCACUUCUUCUAUUGUUGGUUACAUACUUGGACUUGGUGAUAGACAUGUACAAAAUAUCUUGAUAAAUGAGCAGUCAGCAGAGCUUGUACAUAUAGAUUUAGGGGUUGCUUUUGAACAGGGCAAAAUUCUUCCUACUCCUGAAAGAGUUCCUUUUAGACUCACCAGAGAUAUUGUGGAUGGCAUGGGUAUAACUGGUGUUGAAGGUGUCUUUAGACGAUGCUGUGAGAAAACUAUGGAAGUUAUGAGAAACUCUCAGGAAACUCUGUUAACCAUUGUAGAGGUCCUUCUGUAUGAUCCACUCUUUGACUGGACUAUGAAUCCUUUGAAAGCUUUGUAUUUACAGCAGAGGCCAGAAGAUGAAACUGAGCUCCACUCCACUCUAAAUGCAGAUGACCAAGAAUGCAAACGAAAUCUCAGUGAUAUUGACCAGAGUUUCAACAAAGUAGCUGAACGUGUCUUGAUGAGACUGCAAGAGAAACUGAAAGGAGUGGAGGAAGGCACCGUGCUCAGUGUGGGUGGACAAGUGAAUUUACUCAUACAGCAGGCCAUGGAUCCCAAAAAUCUCAGCCGACUUUUCCCAGGAUGGAAAGCUUGGGUGUGAUCUUCAGCAUAUACCUUACCCUUGAAUUCAACCUUUAGAAAUUAUAUUUCAGUCUUCAUUUUUAACCCACCCAUGUACUUUGAAUAGGGAUUAAUAUUUAACUGUGUUGCGUUUUUUUGUUCCUUUCUUGUUUUAAUUGCACCCAAAGAUGCUUUGAUGGUCUCAAGGAAUAUCUAUGCUCUCACACUAUAGAAAUAAUUGUUAUUCAUGCUCUACUUCUACGCUAAACACUUAACGAAUAUGAAGGUACAUCAAAAAGUUUGUGGAAAGAUUCAUAUUAUUUUUUAAAUUCAUUUUUCCACAGACUUUUUGAAAUACCCUCGUAUUCUCAAGUAUAUUCCUUGUUAUUUUCAAUAGGAUCACUGACUUACACAUUAGCUGGAAACAAUGGAAGCAGCAGGAGUGAUGGUUUUUCCUUUGGUAUGAAUUGGAACAAAUAAAUAUACUGCUACUUUGAGGUGGCUUUUAAUUAAAACUUGUUCCGCAGAUACUAUAUGUGAGUGAUAAAUUAUUUGAUAAUGUAGAAAGGAAAAAAACUUCACAUUUGUAACCAUCUAUCAUGAUAAUGCUACGUUAAAAAUAAGAAACAAUAUUGAACACAAAGUAGUAUUUAAGAAAUGUGUUUGGAUUUUCAGUAGCAAGAUCACCCACUAUUACUAAAUAAGGACGCUGUUACGGAGAAAAAAUUUCAAAGACACAGUGUAGUUCCUUUUUGUGGGUGGGGAGGAGGGUAGCUGGCUGGUACAGGGAUUGAACCCUGGACCUUGGUGUUAUCAGCACUAUGCUGUAACCAGCUGAGCUAACCAUCCAGCCCUGUAGUUACUCUUUCAAAAAGAUGUAUGUUGUACCAUUUCAUUCUGUUCUCUUUAUUUCUGUAUUGUCCAUAACUUUAUCUUUCUCUGAUGCUUUCAUAUAUUCUUCUAGUUCAUGAAUUUUCUUGUCAGCUUUAUAUAAUCUCUACU